UGCGCUCCAAGCGAUCCUAAGGCAGCCAUUACACAGUCAAUCCAGAUCGCGAUCCGACCAAGGUCACGGAUCACAGCAGAUUGAUGGAUCUUGAUGCGACUGAAGCGUCAUUAGACGUUCACUCCAGAUCACAUCAGUCCACUGUUCGCCACUGUCAAGAUGAACACGUGUUUACAAGUAAAUCAGAAGAAAAAAGCUUGUGUAGCAAUAAUAAUUGCUUCUGCUGUAAAGAAACGUGUUAAUAGGAAACGUUGGGUUAAACCAUGGUUACUAAAGAGGAACAUCUACACCCAUUUGAACUUGUUACAUGAAAUUCAUAGUACUGAGGAAGAGGACCAUUAUGCUAAUUACUACAGGAUGAAUGAUGCAUGCUUUAAUCAUCUGUUGGAAAGAGUUACACCACACUUGUUAAAACAAGAUACCUGCAUGCGGAAGAGCAUAACCCCUAAAGAAAAAUUAGCUGCUACAUUGCGUUUCCUCGCGACUGGCAGAACUAUUGAAUGCCUAAAAUUUUCGGUAAUAAUGUCUCCAGCUGCCAUUGGUGAAAUCAUUAUAGACACAUGUAGAGCAAUUGUUCAUGUACUUCAACACUGCAUAAAGAUGCCAACAACUGAAGACGAAUGGAAAGCAGUAGCAGAAGAGUUUGGGAACAGAUACCACUUUUGGAAUUGUUUAGGAGCUUUGGACGGGAAACACGUAGGAAUUAAAAAACCUGCUCAUUCUGGAUCUUUGUAUUAUAAUUACAAAGGCUUCCAUAGCAUUGUCCUCAUGGCAUUAGUUAAUGCAAAAAAGGAAUUUAUUAUGAUAGAUAUUGGAACUAAUGGACGUAUAUCUGACGGAGGCGUAUUAUUUUAUACCAAAUUUUGGGAACUUUACCAACAAAAAAAAUUGAAUCUACCCGAACCUUCAAUAUUACCGGGUUCUGCUCGAAUAUCUCCGUAUGUGAUUAUAUCUGAUGAAGCGUUUGCCUUGGGCCAAAAUUUAAUGAAACCAUUCCCACAAAAUUCACUAAAUGAAGAACGCAAAGUAUUUAAUUAUCGCCUCUCACGUGCACGAUCGGUAGUUGAAUGUGCUUUUGGCAUACUGAAUUCUAAAUUCGGUAUUUUCCAAAGAGAUUUAGCCUUUGAACCCAGCAAGGCAGCACUUAUAACAGCGACAUGUUGCUAUUUACAUAAUUACCUCCUGCAAUAUGCUUCAAAAUCGUAUCUUUCCUCCCAUAAAAAAAAAGAAUCAAAACAUACUAAUACGUUUGUCGAUAUGGAGUGUACUCAUAAUAGAAACCCACCACGUGACGCAAAAUCGAUAAGGGAAAAUUUAUGUCAAUAUUUUUGUAAUGAAGGUAAAAUUGUAACUAAUGAAACUGGUAAAUAAAUAAUGCAAUACAAUAAAACUGUUUUAUAAACUAAUAACACAAUUAAUUAGCUCACCUCAGAA